GUAGUAGAGAUAGAGAAAAAUUGAGCUUUUUAAGGUAUGCUCCAACGGACCGCUUUCAUUCGCUGCCAGCGCGUUAUUAGAGGUGCAUUAAUUGGUGAUAUUGAAUAUUGAAUAAUGUGUUGGCGUCUGAAAACUUUACUGUUAUUUACGUUUCUACUCUGCCUAGGCGAUGUGCGUCAGGUGGCAGCAUGGAUGGCGUUCGGAAAUUACCAUAAUACCGCUAAUCCCGGUAAAUGCACAAUCAGCGAAACGAUUAUCAUUUCGCCCGGCGAUAAAGUGAAAUCGCCGGAUUCGUGUGCAGAAAUACAUUGCGGCAAUGAAAAUGGUGACGCCACGAUCAGUGGUUGUGGCACCAUUGGUGCUCCAGAUGGUUGCGAAUGGGGCGAUUAUGUGAAUGAAAAUGCUGACUUCCCCGCGUGUUGUGCGCGAUAUUUGAACUGUGUUGGUGGUUUGAAUAAUGAAACGCGUAGUUAUCAGGAAAAUGUUUGGGAAAUGUUUUCGCCUAAUCUGAAAAUUACAGGUUUAGAGGGUGCCUCAGCAGCGAAGCAGCAAUAACUGGCGCAAUGUGGCUGUUGUAUUGUUAUAAAAAACAUUAGAAAAAGAGAUUUUAAAGAACUAUUAAUACAUUUUAAUUCAAAUAGACAAUAACUUGCUGAUUUUCUACUAAUAACCUCUAAAAUAUCACACGAUGUUCGACAUGACAUUGUGUUGACUUAUCAUAUGAUGUGAUGUUGUGAUUAGCUUUGUAAUGCACUAGUGACAAUAUUUGUGUUUUGAAAUCGCAAAUUAUCUAUAUUUUAAUGCUCAA